UCACCAAGAUGCGCUCGAUCAGGAUCCUUACCCAAUUGGUGUGCACGGCCAUUUUGAUUCAACCGCUGCUCGGGGUGCCAAUAUUUUGGUUCAUUCCGUGGCGUUUUCCGUCAACGACGAGCAGUUCCUCGUCCGGUACUACCAGCAGCAGUACCGGAUCCAAUUCGUCCAGCGUCUCGGUCGGAAUAGGCAAUCGCGUCAACACGUCCACCGGCCUGGACGAUUAUGGUACCAACAUAUCGAACGUGCAGAUCAAUGUGAACCGCGUGCGAAGAUCCGUCGAUACCGUGGUGAACCUGGACGGUCGAUCGGCGAACGGAUCGUUCGUAUCGAUCGGUGAGCACACGAUCCGGCUACCGGCCAACAUUUCUAAUCUCACCGUCAACACGUACCUGGUCAAUGGGAUCGACGGAGGAUAUUUCGUGUCCGCCGAUAGUGAAACGUUCAGUGGAAACUCUAGCGCCAUCACCAGUCCGUUGCUCACUGCCAUUAGGAGCUUUAAAAACUUUCUGCAGACUCUGUUUAACCCCAACAGUGGGUAGUUAGGCAAGGUAGGGAAUUAGGAAUCGGGAAAGAAGGCGAUGCAUUCGACCUACUUUCGGUGUGUUUUUGUUGAGUUCUAAAAAAUAUAAAUAUCCUUCCUUAGUCCCUCGAGAAUGGGUGCGCCAACACUGCGCAUCACCGACCGAUGCGCCUCUAUUUUUAGACUGGCACGCCG